ACUAUGGCUGAUGAUCUGGAGCAACAGUGAGUUAAUCCUGUGUCUUUCUCUUGCUCUCUCUCUCUCUGGGCCAUGAUCCCGGGACUGUCGGUGACUGAGGAACAGUUGUAGACACCUUCCCGCCUUUCCUUUUCCAGGCCUCAAGGCUGGCUGAGUAGCUGGCUGCCUGCUUGGCGCCCCACGUCGAUGUCUCACCUGAAGAAUGUGGAAGCCAGGAUCCUCCAAUGCCUCCAGAACAAGUUCCUGGCCCGAUAUGUGUCCCUCCCAAACCAGAACAAGAUCUGGACGGUAACCGUGAGUCCCGAGCUGAGGGAACGUACCCCCCUGGUGAUGGUGCACGGCUUCGGGGGUGGCGUGGGCCUCUGGAUCCUCAACAUGGAUUCACUGAGUGCCCGCCGUACCCUGCACACCUUUGAUCUGCUUGGCUUUGGGCGAAGCUCGAGGCCAACAUUCCCGAGGGACCCAGAGGGGGCUGAGGAUGAGUUUGUGACAUCAAUAGAGACGUGGCGGGAGACCAUGGGGAUCCCCAGUAUGAUCCUCCUCGGGCACAGUUUGGGAGGAUUCCUGGCCACCUCUUACUCUAUCAAGUACCCUGAAAGAGUUAAACACCUCAUCCUGGUAGACCCAUGGGGCUUUCCUCUUCGACCGACUGACCCCAGUGAGAUCCGUGCACCCCCAACCUGGUUCAAGGCUGUGGCAUCUGUCCUAGGGCGUUCCAAUCCACUGGCUGUUCUACGAGUAGCUGGGCCCUGGGGGCCUGGCUUGGUACAGCGAUUCCGGCCGGACUUCAAGCGCAAGUUUGCAGACUUCUUUGAAGAUGAUACUAUAUCUGAGUAUAUCUACCAUUGCAAUGCACAGAAUCCCAGUGGUGAGACGGCAUUCAAAGCCAUGAUGGAGUCCUUCGGCUGGGCGCGGCGCCCCAUGUUGGAGCGAAUUCACUUGAUUCGAAAAGAUGUGCCCAUCACCAUGAUCUACGGGGCCAACACCUGGAUAGAUACCAGCACAGGAAAGAAAGUAAAGAUGCAGCGGCCGGAUUCCUAUGUCCGAGACAUGGAGAUUGAGGGUGCGUCGCACCACGUCUAUGCGGACCAGCCACACAUCUUCAAUGCUGUGGUAGAAGAGAUCUGUGACUCCGUUGACUGAGAUGCUGUCCGUAGAGGAAGAGGAGAAAGCCAGAGAGUUGCUCUCGCCUCCCUGUCCGCUUACUCGCCCCUGUGUCCUUUCCUCACCGACUAACACGUGCCAGCCAGGCAGUCUUGGGCUGUCCCCAGCGCAGGACCACAGUGAAAAAGCGCACUCCUGAGCCCACGCUAAGGGUUGGAGGCAGAAGCCAUGAGAGGCCUUGAGCUCCCCUUCCCGGGGAAGGACAUAGAGGGUUGCCUAGUGCCACCCAUUCUCUCCAUGCCAAGUGUCCCCCAGAUGGUGGUUGUGAAGGGAUCGCACGAGUCAUGCUCCCUCCCUGAGCCAAAGGGAGGGCGGCCUCUUCCCCUGGGUGAAGGAGAGGCUCCCGGCAGCCUUUCCCAGCUCUGGAGUGUUUUGUGGGGGUAGGUUCCAAGCAAAAACGUCUUCCUCCAUCACCCCCUAGUCUCCAUUCCUUGCCUGUUUUGUCCAGAUUCUGAUUGGGAGCUAACUACCAACUAACUACUAACUUCUCAACUACCAAGAAUAGGUCCCAGAGCUCCCUUGACCUGCCAAGUGCCGCCCACCCCCCCCCCCCAACCCCCGCCGUGACCUAAGAAGUCCUAUUCAAAGCCCUCAUGAGUGGAUGAGGAGCAGGCCAGGGCAGGACAUGGCUGGCCCAUGGUGAUACAGCUCUGCUCCAGGAGAGCUAAGGCCAGAACCCAGGUCUGCUGACACCCAGGACUCAUCGCUGACUCUAUUUUGCUAAAGUCUAAGGCAGGCACCAUUGCCAUGAGUCUGGUCCUGGUCACUGGCCAUAGGUGAGCUCAUCCCUGUCCCACAUUCUAGCCCCAUUGUGCAGGGGUGCCACUGUCCUGUCCUGUGUCUCAGCUCCAGAUGCCUGAGCUGGGGACACUCCAGGGCUUCCUUCCCUUGCCCCCUCAUCCUCCCAACUGGGAGUCCUCUUGGCCUCCCUCUGUGCCUUGGGCCCUGAAGCCCCACCUGUAGUAUAGAGCAAAGGUGGCCCCUGGUGGAGAGACAGGGAAAGGCCCUUCAACCCCAGGGCUGUGUCUGGAUUCCUUACUCCCCCUAGUAUCUGCGGGGCUUUUCUACUGUCCCCAGGGCCGAAGCCCACCGUGAGCCCCUGCCCACGGUCCAGUGGAGAGUCUCCAGCCAGCAGUUCCCUGUCCUCGUCAGCCACAGGAUGGUUCUCACUGCCUGGCCCUCCAUCCCUGCCAUCUGUCCCCACAGUCACCAGCCCAUCCCACCCCCCAACUACCUGUCAACUGUCUCCCAGGGGCUGUUUCCGGGUGCUGCUCUGAGGUUCUGGGCAGCAGGCUGGGCCUGGCCCCGGAACCAGGGCAGCUCCUGUCUGCUCCCGUUUUGUAAAGCCAACCCUUUCACCAGAAUAGUAUUAACUCCUGGUGCUUUGUACUACUGGUCCGGCUGCCUUGGGCUCCUUUUCUAUAUUAAUAAAGAAAUGAGUGAAAACUGG